AUGUUCUAUCAAGACUAUCUUCCUUCGGCGCCAAAAUAUGAGUUCAAGGGAGUUCAGGAUUGUCUCCGGAUUUUAGAGCAAGAGCCAUAUGAGUAUAUCAUUUUUACUAUGGAUGAAGGUUCCUUCCUCAAUUAUUUUUUGAAUUCCGAAGAACAACUACUUGAAGGAUGGGAAAGUUAUGAUCCUGCUGUCAAUCAACUACUCAUCAGAAUGCCUAGCGGACCACAUGAAGUAGCAGUUACUGCUUUCGACGGACUAUUCCGCAGGUGGAAUGGAGAUGGGGAUGACAAUUAUCCGCUUAUUUCUACAGCUUCACGUACAGUGAGAGGACCUUUGGGAAAAUCCAAAAGUCCAGAUUACUCGUGGACUCCGAUGCAUUCCAACCGCGACACGAAAUGGCCUAGCAUAGUGGUGGAGUGUAUAUGGUCGGAGCCACGGGCAAAGGCUGCGAAUGAUAUGAGAUUCUGGCUUACAGAAAGCGGAGGAAAGGUUAAGCUGGCCCUCACAAUAACAGUCCAUAACCGUGGGCGGAUUCUCAUUGAACAAUGGGAGAUGAAAGGGCGACGCGCAACCCCUGUGCAAAGGAUUGAUAUCGUUCGAAAGCCAGUGGCAACCCGCAAAAAGGUAGAAGGGCAUAUGCACCUUGCCUUUGAAGAUAUCAAUGAUCGGCCUAAACGAAAGAAGUCAGACAAAGACUUCAUUUUAACUGCCAAGGACAUGGAAACCAUCGCGAAACAAGUUUGGCUUAUACUGGACGAAGCUUAG